AGGAGCUCGCCUGCGUGGGGUGAGCCCGGGAUGCCGGCCUGACAGAGGCGGUGCGGGGCAGCCCGGUUGCCUUGGCGCCGGGGUCUUGUCUGUCUGAGCAGCAGGACAUGGCGGAUUUCGACAGUUACGAUGAGCGGCAGCAGCAAUACAGCAGCUUCGGGGGAGGCCGGGGAAGAUCUCGAGUAAGUGCUCCCAGAAAACAGAAGGAAUUACCAACAGAACCCCCAUAUACAGCUUAUAUAGGAAAUCUACCUUUCAAUACUGUGCAAGGAGAUAUUGAUGCCAUUUUUAAAGAAUUGAAUGUGAUGAGUGUUCGAUUAGUCAGAGACAAAGAGACAGACAAAUUUAAAGGCUUCUGCUAUGUAGAAUUUCACGACCUGGAAUCUCUUAAAGAAGCCUUGACGUAUGACGGUGCUCUUCUUGGCGAUCGGUCUCUUCGGGUUGAUAUAGCGGAAGGCAGAAAACAGGAGAAGAGUGGAUUUGGCUUCAGGAGACCAGAAGAGAAAGGAGGUUUCAGAGAUGAGGACUAUAGUGAUCGCUCGAUGGGUGGAUUUGGAGGAACCAAAGUCAGAGGUGGUCGCCCUGCGGAUAGGCAAGGAGGUGGAGGUCGCUUCAGAGAAGGGCUUCCUCGUGGUUCUGGUAAUGAGUUCAGAGAGGCAACAGAAGAGGAGAGGGCACAAAGACCCAGGCUACAACUUAAACCACGCACAGUAGCUGCUCCCCUCAACCAAGUCGCCAAUCCAAAUUCAGCCAUAUUUGGUGGAGCCAGGCCUCGGGAGGAAAAAUCUGGGCAGGAGGGACCUUAGCAAGGCCGGACUUUGUGGAAAGUAGGCACAGCAGCUUCCAUUCCUAACAUUCCAUGGAUUUCCUUUUGUCUUCUCUUCCACUUGUCCGCACAUCACUGACUUUGGUUUUAAAAACAAACCCGCCAGCUUAUCUGUAGUUUAACACCUGCCUCGUACCAACUUUCUGCUUUGAACAAUUUGCUUUCUGUUAAUGGCAGUUGCUCCAUCUAAAAAAAAAGGAGCUUGAAAUAGAUUUUCUGAAGGUACGUGCAAAUGUUGCUGUCUUGAGUUUCUGAAGACCAGAAACACCACUGGUUCAUAAGAACAAUGUUGUACCAUCAGCUCUCAUCAACUAACUUUGUCCAAACUGCUUGUAAUGGUCUCAGAUAAAUCUGUGCCUACA